AGGCCUGUUACAGGUGUCUCUUGAACAGCACAUGUUUAAAGAGACAUAGAGAGAAUUCGAAUAAAGGGGAAAACACAGCCACAGAAAAAGUGAAGUGCUUUCCCACAGCUCAUUUGUAUCGUCCAAUGAGCUCUCACAAGACAGCCUACAGGAUCCUCUUUAUAAUGCCCAAGCCUCUCGAGAGCCUUUCAUAAGUGCUGCUUGCCAUGGAGCCUCUCAGAGGGCCAUCUGUCUCAGAGAUCUGCCUCAAGGACUUUGGUGUUUGUGAACAUUAUGGAUUUGUUCUUCCAGAGCCUAAGACUGAACUCCCGGACUAUUAUAAACCCUGGAUGGAGAUUGCAACAAACCUAACAGAAUUAAUUGAAAGCCAUCAGCUUAGAGUUCAAGUCAACAAGAUGCCCCUUUUAAGCACACAGUACUUACAAGGUCAUAGAGCGAUGCGCCUGGCUCACCUCUCUCUGGGUUUUAUCACAAUGGGCUAUGUUUGGCAAGAAGGAGAAAGACAACCUGCAAAAACACUUCCAAGCAACUUAGCAGUGCCUUACUACAAGAUCUCUGUCCAGCUGGGCCUUCCACCAAUCCUGGUCUAUGCAGAUAGCGUUUUAGCUAAUUGGAGGAAGAAGGAUCCCAAUGGAUCCAUGGAAAUAGAAAAUCUGGAAACUAUAUUUACAUUCCCUGGAGGUCAGAGCACCAGUGGCUUCUUGCUUGUUUCUCUGAUGGUCGAAAAGGCAGCUGCUAUUGGUAUCAAAGGUGUUGCCAACGCGAUUAAUGCCAUGCUCACAAAUGACACAGACACGCUGCAGGCAGCAUUGCAGGAUAUAACCAGCUCCUUAAAUGAUAUGGUGGAGGCUUUCAAACAAAUGCACGAUAAUGUACACAACAGAACCUUCUAUGGAGUUGUGAGGCUUUACUUUUCUGGAUGGAAAGACAAUCCCCUGAUGCCAGACGGUCUUAUCUAUGAGGGUGUGUCAAAAGAGCCAAUCUACCUCUCCGGUGGCAGUGCCGCUCAGAGUUCCACAGUGCAAUGUUUUGACCAGCUCUUGGGUAUCCGCCCCACCUGUGAAAAUGCUGCUUCUUUCCUCCAACGAAUGAGGGACUACAUGCUUCCUAAACACCGGAACCUACUUCAGGCCAUUGCCUCCUACCCAUCUAUUCGUCACUACGUUGCAUCAAGUGGAAGUGAAGAGUUGUGCCAGUCAUACAACACUUGUGUCACAGCUUUAGUUGAGCUAAGGAAUUACCAUUUAAACACUGUUGCUAAAUACAUAACCAUCCCUGCCAAUGACCAGCCAUUAGCCAGAGGUUGCAUAUUCCAGAGAGGCACUGGAGGCACUCCACUUAUGUCUUUUCUGAAAAAUGUGAGGGACUCGACAAGAAAGGCAAUAAUUGGGAGAAGUGUAGAUGAAACCCGAUCCUUUGCAUGGUAUUCCACUUUGUAACUCAAUCUCUGAGAUAAAAACUUGCAGGGGGCGCUUCUGAAUAACCUGUAAUUGCUCUCCGGGUAAUUCUGAGAAAAGACAGAAAACAUAGUCAAGAUAAUUCUCAUAUUAGGAAAAGGUAUUAUACUUAAGGGGACUGCAAAAUAAGAAAUUUUCACCCACCUUGUGUGAUGCAUACUGGCUGAAGAGAAGGGGUUUGAAAUUCUGCCUUCCUGCAUGGAUCAAAGCUGCUAGUCAUGGGGAAUCUCUAAGAGACAGACAGUGGACUGACUGGCCAGCGAACUACAGGACUUUGACAGAAGCAGAUGGGAAAAUGGUUACCCAGAUGUGUAUAUUUACUAUCUUUAAGGUAUCAUUAGGUCAGAUCAGGAGGCCACAAUGUUCUACUCCAGAAUUCCCAAUUUUUAUUACAUAACAAUAUAAUAUAUAUUUAUUUUUUCUGCAAAUAUUAUAUUAAAAUAUUUUUAACAUUAAGGAAA